AGAUACACUUUCUCCAAACACAAUGAGACACUUGUGGGAAAGAAUGGCAAAGCCAAGGAACACCUGACCAUAUGAAUUACCCUGAUGCAAGUGUGCUCAACUGCUAGAAUGAAGAAAAAGAAGCAGGCUGGCAUUUUAAUAAGUGUUUAUUGAGUGAGGAGUAACAGAAGGAAACUUGGAAAAAUGUCUGUAGCUACAAGGUUUCUGCAGGGAAAGAUCUUCCUUGGAAAUUACUUUUAAAGAAGCUGGUAAGGAUCCUGCUCUCUGAGGCACUAGGAGGAGUCCAGCUACAGUAAUCUAGUGAACUGGUCUGUAAUACUGUAGUGGAGCUGCUUCUGCCACAGCCUGCCUGCCUUAUUCAUACUUCUUAAGAAAUCGCUGCUCCAGGACGGACAACCCUUUAAACACAAUCUGAUUAGUUGCCUGGUACUUCAUCUGUGGCAAGCAGGACAAUGGCUGCCAGCAAGAGCAAGAACCAGAGUUCUUUGGCCCUCCAUAAAGUUAUUAUGGUUGGCAGUGGAGGUGUGGGCAAAUCUGCACUCACUCUUCAAUUUAUGUAUGAUGAGUUUGUAGAAGAUUAUGAACCUACCAAGGCUGACAGCUACAGAAAGAAAGUAGUUCUGGAUGGUGAAGAAGUGCAGAUAGACAUUCUGGACACAGCAGGACAAGAGGAUUAUGCAGCUAUCAGAGAUAACUAUUUCCGCAGUGGGGAAGGAUUUCUUCUAGUCUUCUCAAUAACAGAGCACGAAUCCUUUACAGCAACAGCAGAGUUUCGGGAACAGAUCCUACGUGUGAAGGCUGAAGAAGAUAAAAUCCCUUUACUGGUAGUGGGAAACAAAUCUGACUUGGAAGAGCGCAGACAAGUGCCUGUAGAAGAGGCUAGAAGUAAAGCAGAGGAGUGGGGUGUGCAGUACGUAGAAACCUCUGCCAAAACUAGAGCGAAUGUAGAUAAGGUAUUCUUUGAUUUAAUGAGAGAAAUCAGAGCAAAGAAAAUGUCAGAAAACAAAGACAAGAAUGGCAAGAAAAGUAGCAAGAACAAGAAAAGCUUUAAAGAAAGAUGUUGCUUACUGUGAGGCUUGAGAACUGUAAAUAUCUAUCUACAGGUGGCAUGGAUAAGAUACCACUAAGGACAUAGGGCUGGAUUCAUGAAAGGAAGUCUGUAUUGACACCCUUAUUUUUUGCUUUGCAUAUCACACCUUCAAAAUGUGAAAACAGAACUUUGAAACCAUUUCAGGUAUCCAAUAAAAUCGAUGCCUACUUAAACUAAAAUGGGCUUAGUCCUAGAAACAGUUUCAGAACUACAAUCCUUCAGCUUGGUUAUACAAUGUACUUUUGUAUUAACUUCCUAGUUUACUCUGAUGUUUCUCUGAAUAUGUUCUCUUGAACCUCUACUGGCCUUACUAAGCACAGCUGUUCAGGUUCAAUAAUUUUUUCCACUGUUGCUGCCCUCCUUGAAUGUUGCAAACUGCAGGAAAGCUAGAUGACAUCGGGUGAAGGGUUUGAGUCUCCAUCUUCUGUUAGUUGUUGACGACUUUUCUUACAUUGAAAAAUGCUGGUUUCCUCACCGCACUCCAUGUAAGAAAUAGCAACUGACAGUUAAGAGUCAACUCAAUUUCAUCCAUGUUCUAUUUAGUCAAUACAGCAUUCAUGAAUCAGACCUAUGGACUCAAUUCAAACUUACUUAGACAAUGCAAAAAUGGUUGUUUAAAUACUGGCUACAUGCAUUCCCUGCUGAUCUGUCUUCUCAUCCUUAAAUUAGUGACAUGGGGUGAGAAAAUUACUGUAACCCUUUCUUGAAAAAGAAUAAUAUUUUCAUGAUCUCCUCAAAGUGCUGUCCUGGGUUUCCUCCAUGUAUUGUGGCUAAACUCAAUUACACUGACUCUACAUCCAUCAUCCCUCCUCUCCCUGGUACUGGAAUGGUGAAAAUGAAAGUGUUGAUUUCAUCAGUUUUGUUUUUAUUGGAACACUUGUGAUCAUGUGGAAAAAGUGGGAGCAUCUGCAUCUGUCUCCUGUCUUGCUGAAGGUGAAGACUUUGGGUAAGGAUCGGUCAUAUCAUGCAAUCAUGACUUGGAAUAGGUGAGGCAUACAUGCUACCUCUCAGUGAUUAUUUGGCUAGUGAGUUGUAUGGUGCCAAAAAGCAAAUGAAGUUUAGCAGUUGCCAUGUCUGUUACAAACUGUUAAAUUCAUAUGUACUGUUCCUGAUGCACAGCAACCUAGCACAUGGAGAUGCGUGUUGAGUUUUGUUGUCAGUCAUGCAAUGGUGGUCAUGUAUUGGUCAACAAAACCCAGGACAGAAAUGGAACAAAAGUCAGUACUUAGCAGCUCCUCUUGUCAGCUGACUGAACUGAGCUUUCUGAUGCAGUUUAAAUUAAGUGCAGCUGCCAAAAAAAGACUUAUGUUACCUAUGUUACCUAUGUUACUGUUGUGGAAAGUAACUGUCUCUCCUGAUUGUGAAGUGUCUCAAUGAAUUAUGGCAUCUUCUGAUUUGAAGGUGUAGAGAGGCUUAAAGUAAUGACUGAAUCUUGCUUGUUAACCGGAUACUUAAAACACAAUUACUUGGUGAAAGGAAUGUGCUAUGUAGUUGUUCAGUGAAGCACACUGCAGCAGUAAAUUAACAAACGCUGUUUCUUUUUGAGGAGAAGGAAUAGUGAAUCAUGUUCACUACAUAGUAUUGUAAUUUGAAGUUGAAAACCAAUUUUUAACAUGUACUAGAUUGCUGCUGUGCAUUCCACCUCUGAACUUUGAAAAAAGAUGUUAGAUACAAGAACCUCUGUUGGUCUGAGGUUUCACAGGGACUUAUUGUCCCAAACUCAUUGUCUUCCAUAACUAGUUCAACUUGUCAGGCAACUCAUUAGAUUGAGGAAACUGUACUAAAUAAAAGGUGCUGUAAUCUUCUUUCUUGUCAAGUUAAAUUCAUUCUUUGUUUAUGUUAUCUUGUAUGUGCAGAAAGAAUGGCUAACCAAUUCUGGAAAUAUUUAUAUUUUAACAGUGUAAUUAAUUGGUAUUACAAAGCCAACUUGACAGUUCAGUUUUGAAGCAGAGGCUGGGAGUUUGCUGCGAUAUAGAACUUGUCACUUGAGCUGUAUCACCAAAAUCUAAAGCCUAAGCACCUUGCAGGAUUCUUGGAGCUAUAACACGACGUUUCCUCUUGAGCUUCCAUGCGUAGAGUUCAGUUUUGAUUUCAUGUUUUGCAUACAGCAAAUGAAUGUCUGCUUCUGGAGGAAAGCAACUUGCUUAAGUUUGGUUUUAGUUGAGAACUAAAGGUUAAGUCCUUAAUUAACCUAAAGGAUAAGCAACAGUUGAGUUCACAUCACAAGCUUAUCUAGGUCAAGCCCCUCUGAGGCAGAUUGUAAAAUGGAUCUAACAAAACUGAAUAAGCUUUUCUUGCUAUAUGAAUAAUGAACUCAGCAAAGCUCACAAUGAGCAGUUCAGCUGUGUUGGCUCAAGAGACUCGCAUGCUUUGACCUUUGAUCACUUUAGUCUUAAAGUACCUGACAGUAUUUGAUAGGACAGAUGAGCUUCUAUUCAUUGAGUCUCCUAAGGGUGUUCUUAAAGUCCAUUUGCCUGUUCUCACUCAGGGGUUUUUGAUUAUUUGUUUUCAACCAAUAAAAUGCUACUGAGGUGGACAUA